GAGCAAUAUGCCCUGUUUAUACUGGUCAGAUAUAAGGGGGAUCUUUAUAUAUCUAAUAUCUAUUUGAUGCACGUAUGCCACAAGAACCUGCCCUCUACAACCAGGUACGGUUAGGCUACGAUAAUAUCGUCUUCCCUAAAACCUGUCUUGCAAAAUGCUCCUCGUAUGACCCUCAACUCUCCAUCGCGAAAUAGAUGACCACAUAUGGAUUCGAAGAAGAAAGAUGAUAAGCUGCUAGGUAGCGACGAGGGAAACUUGUCCUUGGGCAUUCCAGCUCCACCACAGAACACUACAGAUACAGCUUCUUCUGGAAGUGGCGGAGAGAACGCAGAAGUUCCCCCGGCGCUCCCCCCUCGACCCAAUAUCGUCGGUCUCGACAAACAAAACCCCUCCGACGGUUCCAGGGAGCCACCUUUAUCAUCAGGUGUGAAAAUCGCCGCUGGAGUGACUCUAGGGCACAGGCUGAGCGGCGCCCAUUUGAGAAGUCGCAGGGGAAGCGAUGCUGGUGAUUCUAUAAGUGUACGGAGCUUCGUCCCAGGCGGCGAGACCUCCGAUGACAUGAGCCUUUUCGGGGACUUUCCCGUAAUUGGAGGCAAAGAUUUCUCAUGGCCUGAGGGUGGAGAGAACACAGGAAAACGAGACUUUUUGGAGUCUGAGGACGAUGAAGUGGACUAUGAUUUCGAAAAUGAGUUCGAUACUAUCGACGAAGUGGAGCCAGAUGGCUCCAAUUCAGCACAUGUUGUCGAAGCAUGGAAGCAGAAAAGGAAGCAUUUCCUUAUUUUGUCACAGGCAGGAAAACCAAUAUACACAAGACACGGCGAUAGUGGGCUGAUUUCAGACUAUAUUGGUAUUAUUCAAACGAUCAUAUCUUUUUAUGAAGAAUCUGGAGACUCCCUCAAGAGCUUCUCAGUUGGGAAAGUAAGGAUUGUUAUUUUAUCGCAGGGGCCAUUGUAUCUAGUUGCUAUCAGUCGCUUUUUCGAGAACGAUAUCCAGCUAAGGAUGCAACUGGAGGCUUUAUAUAUGCAAAUUUUAUCGACAUUGACACUUCCAAGUCUAAAUCGCUUAUUUUCUGUCCGGCCAUCGACUGAUUUACGCCGCCCUCUGCAGGGAACGGAGCCUCUUCUCUCAUCGUUAGCCGAUAGUUUCACUAGGGGCUCCCCAUCGACCUUGCUCUCCGCUCUGGAAUGCCUCAAAAUCCGAAAAUCCCAUAGACAAACAAUAAACAACAGCCUUUUAAAGACAAGGGCUGAUAGCCUAUUAUACGGGCUUGUCGUCGCGGGGGGGCGGCUUGUGAGCGUGAUCAGACCAAAGAAGCACUCGUUACACCCAGGAGACCUUCGAUUGAUAUUUAACAUGAUUUUUGAAGCAGAUGGUGUCAAAGCUGGUGGCGGAGACAGCUGGAUCCCUAUUUGCCUUCCGGGUUUUAAUAGCAGUGGUUAUCUGUACAUGUAUGUCAGCUUUCUUGAUCUACGUGGCGAUGGAAACCAUACUGCAAACCAGGACACGAACAAAGACGAUUCCGUUGCUAUCAUCUUAAUCAGCGCAGAUAAGGAAAGUUUUUAUGUACUUCGAGAGAUGCGUGAUUCUGUAGUGGAGCGAAUGACGAAAAAUGGCAGCAUCGACAUUAUUAAGGCAGCGAUUGAAAAGGGUCGGCCUACCACAACAGAUAUUGUGCCUGGAACCGUCCUGCGACAUUUUCUCUACAAAUCAAAAGCAAAUGUUCAAUUUUCUAUGGCCUCAUAUUAUCCAGACUUCUCAACAACUCUGGGGAGACGCAGGCUUUUAUCUACCUACCACUCUCUUCACUCAAGUGUUCAUGCGAAGUAUGCGCACGUUAGAGUCGAACAUAGGACGACAAGUUCCAUGAACGCACUCGCAUGGAUCACGCCUGUUUUCGAAUUAUACUGUGUUGCCGGUCCGAAUAGUAAUCGGAACGCUCUAUCGCAGAGUGCGAGCAAAAUCGCACAGUGGGCACAGCAGGAAGAGGAGAGAUUGUUUAUUAUUGGCGGCGCUGUAUUUUAAAGCAGUUUCCUAUUCUUUGUGUUAGUCCUCAUGGAAAUACCCCCGAUACCUCGUUAAAAUACACCUUGAAUUAGCAUUGGUCUGAUGAGGUUGAGCUGAACGGAAGGCGAACGAGAUUCACUUUUUGCCAUCAUUGGGCACUCCAAGUACCUUAAGGUCGACAUGUCCAUGAGAUAUCAGUUUGCUUACUGCCAUUAAUUUCUACUACCAACCAGCUUGAGCUAGCAAAGAAGCGGUACUUUUAUUCAACACAAAGAUAUUACGCACUAUGAAUGUAUAUCAGGCAUUAAUAAAAGGGAAAUAUAAAAAUAAAAGUGGGAAUCUAGUGAUGUAUAGAUAGGAUCAUGUUAGGGUAUCAUGAAUAAAUAAUAAUGACGUGUGCUGCGUAACAAUAAUCGUUAC